CUUACUCUAUGGUUAAGACAUGGUUGACAUGGACGGCAUUGGUAUUGUUUAUUUACAUCUUCAAACGAAUAAAAGCAAUCUAAUUUAAGAAAAAUAUUCCUAGGCAAAAAACAUCUAAUGCAAUUUGUAAUCCAAACGCGUCAUAACAUUUUUAUAUAGUUUAUUUAAAACAUAGAAUUUUUUUCACUUAAAAAUGGUAAAAUAUAGCAAUAUAUCGACCAAUAUUAUUCGUCAAAUAAAAACAUCUUAUCAACCAAGACGAAGAGUUGUAGUCACAGGACUCGGAGUUGUGUCACCAUUAGGCACGAGCGCUGAGUUGGUGUGGAAUAAUUUGAUACAAGGACAUUGUGGUAUAACCUCUCUUAAAAGUGACGAUUAUGCCAAAUUACCUUGCAGGAUAGCCGGUAUCAUACCACAAGAGCCUGAUGACAAAGUUGCUAAGGCAUUAUCAAAAAGUAAUUUAAAAUCGAUGGCCCCUGCUACAUGUUUAGCUCUUAUUGCUACAGCUGAAGCAUUAACUGAUGCAAAAUGGUUGCCAGAAUCUGAUGAGGAAAAGGAAGUGACUGGUGUAGCUAUCGGCAUGGGAAUGAUAGAUCUGAAAGAUGUAUGCGAUACUAAUGACGCCCUGAAACUGGGCUAUAAUAAAGUGAGCCCAUUCUUUGUACCUAGAAUCUUACCAAAUAUGGCAGCGGGACACAUAAGUAUAAAAUAUGGAUUUAGAGGGCCAAAUCACGCUGUGUCGACUGCAUGCGCAACAGGCGCUCACUCCAUUGGAGAUGCAUUCAGAUUUAUAAGGAAUGGUGAUGCAGAUGUGAUGGUUUGUGGAGGAGCUGAAGCUUGCAUCAGUCCUCUGGCUAUAGCUGGCUUUUGUAGAUUAAGAGCCUUGAGUACUUCAUUUAAUGAUGAGCCUUUGAAAGCUUCAAGACCAUUUGAUAAGAGAAGAGAUGGUUUUGUAAUGGGUGAAGGGGCAGCUGUAUUAGUUUUAGAAGAAUAUGAACAUGCAAUAAAAAGAAAUGCCAAGAUGUAUGCAGAAAUUUUAGGAUAUGGAUUAUCAGGAGAUGCUUCUCACAUUACAUCUCCUAGAGAGGAUGGCAGUGGCGCGGUUCUAUCAAUGAUGAGGGCAUUAAAUGAUAGUGGCAUUGGAAAAGAAGCAAUAACUCAUAUAAAUGCACAUGCCACAUCCACUCCUACAGGAGAUGGCAUUGAGUCCACAGCUAUCAAAAGACUCUUUCAAGGGCAUGCAUCCAAUAUAUCUGUAUCUUCAACCAAAGGGGCACAUGGGCAUCUACUAGGUGCAGCUGGGAAUUUGGAAGCCCUAUUUACAGUACUAUCUUGUCAUCAUGGAGUACUUCCACCUACACUCAACUUAGAAGAACCAGUAGACAACCUUAAUUAUGUAGUUAAAACAUCAAGAAAAUGGGAAUCUGACAGAAGAGUGGCUUUGAAAAAUUCAUUUGGGUUUGGUGGUACUAAUGCUACACUCUGUAUUGCACAAGUAUGAGCACCAGUUAUGGAAGUUUUUAGGGACUGUGAUAAGAAAUUUUAUAAGCCAAAAUUAAACAAACAAACUUAAUCUGAAUAAGUAAAAUGUUUUAGGGAAAUAAAACUUGUUUUUCACUGUA